GUUUUGAGGGUUUAACCAACAGUAACCUUUCGUUCGCCACUUCAGCUGCAAAAUCCGCAAUGGCAUUCAACUUUGGUCACCUUCUCAUCGCCGGCGUCUUGGCCUUGUCCGCCGUGUCCUCGGAGACCAUCCAGCUGCAGCCCACACAGGGCAUCUUAAUUCCUGCUCCUCUGGCUGAGAACAUCCGUGUGUCGCGUGCUGCCUACGGCGGAUACGGAGCUCCAGCUGCCCCAGCCUCCUACGCCGCCGCCCCUGCUGCCCCGUCAUACUCGGCUCCAGCAACCCCGUCCUACUCGGCUCCAGCUGCCCCGUCCUACCCGGCUCCAGCUGCCCCGUCUUACUCCGCUCCCGCUGCCCCGUCUUACUCCGCUCCCGCUGCUCCUGCCUACUCAGCCCCGUCAUCCAUUCCGUCGCCGCAGUGCCCCAAGAACUACCUGUUCAGUUGCCAGCCCUCUCUUCAGCCCGUGCCGUGCAGUGCUCCGGCCCCCAGCUAUGGAUCCGCUGGCGCCUACUCGCAGUAUGUGCCCCAGUACGCUGUACCGUUCGUCCGAGAAUUGUAAGGCGCGAACCGAAUCUGACUGGACACCUGAAUUUACAUAUAAAUAAAGUAAUUUGUUUAACAUA